AUGGAAAAUAAGAACUUUACAAAUGUUAAUCAAAAUGUUAACACCAAUAUCUAUGAAAUUCCAGAGUCUGAGGAGGACAAAGAGGAUCUCCUUAAUGGUCAUGUCCGUGAAGAUUUAGCAUCUCCUUCUUCCCCGACUACCAAUGCAGAGAGCAUGGACCUAGAUGAAGAGACCCCAGAAGACAGUCGCAGUAAUUCUGUGGCCUCUCAGCAUGUGCUCGAUGGGGAGGACGGCUCUUCUUCAUCUCACCAUGGUGCUGAAGACUACCARUACCAGGAGGAGAUGGAUCUGAUGAGCCCAAGUCAGGAAGAUAAACAUGAAGAUAAACACGUAAGGGAGAGGAUGUUUGAGAACAGCAUGCUUUUGCCUACAAGUUUCCAGUUGCGUCGGAGCCAAAGCACUUCUUCCAACUCUGCAGCUUCCAUCAAGUUCCCCCUGAACAAUAAUCUGGGAGAAACAGACAACUUUCAGGAGGACUAUGAGAUACACAUGUUUGUAAAGGCUGGUAUAGAUGGAGAGAGCAUUGGGAAUUGUCCAUUUUCCCAGCGUCUUUUCAUGAUCCUCUGGCUCAAAGGAGUUGUGUUCAACGUCACCACUGUUGACCUGAAAAGAAAGCCAGCUGAUCUACACAAUCUGGCUCCAGGGACCCACCCACCUUUCUUGACUUUUAAUGGAGAAGUCAAGACAGAUGUCAACAAGAUUGAGGAAUUCUUGGAAGAGACUCUUGCACCUCCAAAGUAUCCCAAGCUGGCUGCCAAGCACCGGGAAUCAAACACUGCUGGAAUAGAUAUAUUCUCAAAAUUUUCCGCAUAUAUAAAAAAUACCAAGCAGCAGGAUAAUGCUGCCCUUGAAAAAGGUUUGGUGAAGGCUUUGAAGAAGCUGGAUGACUAUUUGAGAACCCCUCUACCUGAGGAGAUUGAUGCAAACAGCACUGAAGAGGAGAAAAUGUCUAAACGCAGAUUUCUGGAUGGAGAUGACCUGACUCUUGCUGACUGCAACCUUCUGCCCAAACUCCAUGUUGUUAAGAUUGUUGCAAAGAAAUAUCGCAACUUUGAGUUCCCAACAGAGAUGACGGGGCUGUGGCGGUAUCUGAAGAACGCUUAUGCCAGAGAUGAGUUCACCAAUACCUGUGCUGCAGACAAAGAGAUCGAGCAAGCCUACGCAGAUGUGGCCAAGCGGCUCAGCAAGUCCUAA